AUGGCUUGCGUCAGUCGGAAGAGCUUCCGUUCUCCGUCUCACGGCCGGAGCGGGCUGGUGGGAGAGCCCGCGCCGGUAUAUAACAACACCACGCCGACGACUCCACAUACACUCACCAACAUGAAGGUAUUUGUCUGCCUCUUAGCCGUAGCGGUGGUCGCCCAGGCCGGUUACAUCGGUGGCGGCGGUGGCGGCUGGUCCGGCGGUGGCGGUGGCGGUGGCUACGGAGGCGGCAGCAGCGGCUGGUCCUCCGGCGGCGGCGGCGGCGGCUGGCCGAGCGGCGGAGGUGGCUGGUCCAGCGGCGGCGGAUACGGCGGUGGCAGCAGCGGCUGGUCCAGCGGCGGUGGAUACGGUGGCGGCCAUGGAGGUGGCGGCCAGGUGAAGAUCAUUAAAGUGAUCACCACUGGGGGCGGCGGCGGCGGCGGCGGUUACGGAGGUGGCCACGGAGGUUGGUCCAGCGGCGGCGGCGGCGGCGGCUGGAAGAGCGGAGGAGGUAGCGGCUGGUCCUCCGGAGGCAGCGGCGGUGGCUGGAAACUCGGAGGUGGCAGCAGCGGCUGGUCCAGCGGCGGCGGAGGCGGUGGCUGGAAACUCGGCGGUAGCGGCGGCGGCUGGUCCUCCGGAGGCAGCGGCGGCGGCUGGAAGAGCGGCGGCGGCGGCGGCUACGGCGGCGGCAGCGGUUGGUGGUGA